AUGCGUGAAGUCCAAGACAAAUCACGUGUGCGUGCGGUGAUGGACCUCACUUGCGAUUUCCUCUGUUCUAAUGCUCCUCAGGGCCCUGUAAUUGAGAAUGCUAAUUCGAUAUAUGCACAAUUUUACCCAGCUAAUUCACUAGGAAGUUGGGUGUAUAUAAAGUGGCACCAACGGCUUCUGAAUAUCAUUCGCUCUGCAUUGUUUACAGGAGCUUACAACUGCCUACAGAUCCUCACAAUGCUUUUCAAGAUUGCUGUAAUGAUGAUGGUGGUGAACGCGGCUCUACCUUUCCCAUCCAACAUGUACGCUCCAGCACCACAACCUCCACACAUGGACGGAAUGCCAUAUAACUUCGCAUACGCUGUAAAGGACCAAUACAACGGCAAUGACUUCAGCCAUAGCGAAGACUCCGACGGCAAGAACGUUAUGGGAACCUACUCUGUUCAGCUCCCCGACGGCCGCAAGCAAACGGUGAAUUACAUGGCCGACCAUUCCAAGGGCUACCUGGCUGAGGUUAACUACCUCGGCGAGGCUCAGUAUCCUCACGUGUAUGGGCCUGCCGUCACCUUCAAGCCCCAGCCUUCUUACAAUCCUCAGCCUAUGCCAGAACCUGUAGAACCACCACAGCCUUCAUACCAGCCUCAGCCUGUGCACGAACCCGAGCCUGUGGUCAUGGAAAUGCACGUGCCUGUGCAGAUGCCACAGUCUAUGUACCAGUAAUCGUUAUUUCGUACCAUUGUUAACGUUGUUAUUAGUUAGUGAUUGUUUUCUCCAAUAAACUUCAAA